UAAUCUAAUAAUUUUUUAAUUUAAAAAAAAUCCCAGAGAACGUAGACUAUAAUGUUAACAUUAUCAAUGAAAUAAGUCAAUUUUCAUUAUUAGGUCAUGGGGUGUGCAUAGUGCAACCUAAAAGAUCAAAACGCAGCCGUUUGAAUGAUACUUGAAACGUUGUCGCUUAACAAUAAUUGUGCUUUACUGCAUCAGCCUUGCCAAUAGCGAAAGGCAGGAGCUCCCUCGUUUCCAAUCCUUUCCCUCACUCUGCAAAAUCCAAAAGCAAAAUCACAGCAACAAAAAGAACAACAAAAAAAAAAAGAAAGAAAAGAAGCUCCAUAACUAUCUAUUAACCAGAUAUCGCAAAAUAAGCAAUGAUAAUUCGUCCCUCUCUGUCUCACCAAUCCCCUUCAAGGUACGUUUCAUCAUUCUCAUUCCUUCCCUUCAAGUUCAUUUGCUCUGAUUCCAAUCCUCCCUCAAGCGACGACGUUGACAUCGUCUACCGCAUCAUAGCUAGCUCGACUUCUUCAAAAAACUUGACCCAGUCGUUAAAAUCAACUGGGAUUUUUCUCUCAAAUGGUUUAAUCGAUAAAGUACUAAAAAGGGUCCGGUUUAGCCAUGGAAAUCCUUUACUAGCUUUUGAGUUCUUUAAAUAUACUGGAAAAAGGAAAGGGUUUUAUCAUACUGCUUUUUCUUUGGAUACUAUGCUCUAUAUUUUGGGUAGAAGCCGUAAAUUUUAUCAAAUUUGGGAGGUUUUAAUUGAUAUUAAGAGAAAGGAUCAGUCUUUGAUAACCCCAAGAACAAUGCAAGUUGUUUUAGCUAGAAUUGCUAAGGUUUGUUCGGUUAGAGAGACUGUAGAUAGUUUCAGGAGGUUUAAGAAGUUUGUUUCUGAAUUCGAUACAGCUUGUUUUAAUGCUUUGUUAAGGACAUUGUGUCAAGAGAAAUGUAUGAAGGAUGCUAGGAAUGUUUAUCAUAGUUUAAAGCAUGAUUUUCGGCCAAAUUUGCAGACUUUUAAUAUACUUUUGUCUGGGUGGAAGUCCUCGGAGGAAGCUGAAGGGUUUUUCAAUGAAAUGAGGGGAUUGGGUGUUAAACCGGAUGUUGUUUCAUAUAAUUGUUUAAUUGAUGUGUAUUGUAAGAAUAGAGAUAUAGAUAAAGCAUAUAGGGUGGUUGAAAGGAUGACAGAUGAGGAAAUUUGGCCUGAUGUGAUAACUUAUACGAGUAUUAUUGGGGGAUUGGGGUUGGUUGGUCAGCCUGAUAAAGCUAAAGAUGUUUUGAAGGAAAUGAAGGAGCAUGGAUGUUACCCAGAUGUUGCCGCGUAUAAUGCUGCCAUUAGAAAUUUUUGUAUAGCAAAGAGGCUUGGUGAUGCUUAUAAUUUGAUGGAUGAAAUGGUGGGAAAGGGUUUGAGUCCCAAUGCAACUACUUACAAUCUGUUCUUUAGGGUCUUUUAUUGGUCAAAUGAUUUGAGAAGCUCAUGUAGUUUGUAUCAGAGGAUGAUGGAUUCUGGGUGCCUGCCAAACACACAAUCUUGUAUGUUUUUAAUUAGGUUGUUUAGGAGGCAUGAAAAGGUGGGGAUGGCGCUGCAGUUGUGGAAUGACAUGGUGGAGAAGGGUUUUGGGUCUUAUGUUUUGGUAUCUGAUGUGUUGUUUGAUCUGCUUUGUGAUAUGGGGAAGCUGGUGGAAGCAGAAAAGUGUUUCUCGGAAAUGAUAGAGAAGCGCCAUAAGCCUAGCAAUGUUUCUUUCAGGAGGAUCAAGGUGCUCAUGGAAUUGGCAAACAAGCAUGAGGCUGUUAAGAACUUGAAAGAGAAGAUGGCCGUUUUUGGGUCUUCAAUCCAGCUUCCUGGAGGUGAGGAGAACCUUAAAGAAACAGUAGAUAUAGACUCACUUAAUGUUCAUCAUGCAAAAACUAACUAGUGUGGCAACUGUGGUGGUAGUAUCAUGUGAAAACUUAUUUUAUGUUCGUAUUCUUGGGUUGGUUCUUCAAUCCAUCACCAAGUGGGGGCUAUUGGUCCUGGAACAUUUGACUUGUUUUGGUCUAGUCCAGUGGUUUUCAAUUGGUUUUUACAGCGAUGUCAAUAACUCUGUCAGACAACGGAGGGGUUAAUACUUUUACCUGCUCCUAUGUAUGCUGUGAUACUCUGUUGGAGGUAGCAGAGUUGGUCUCAUUUCUUAUUGCACAAUGGCCGGAAUAGUAUUUUGUUUCAACAUACUUACUUGCUUCUCCAUCUGGAAGUUGAUCUCAGUUCCUAUCAUUCCUAUGGAAUUCUCAAGUAGCAUAUGGAACUGAUAGUCUCACUGGAUGUGAGGAAGCUGACAUUUGAAACAUUUCCUCUACAUAUUUUUCACAGAAUUUGGAGCUGUAGGGGUGUCUGAUUCCUCUCCCUUCUCAUACUAGCCUCAGAUUGCCUCUGAAUUUAACAAAUGUGAUUUCUCUAUGCGAUGUUCAUUUACUGCAGCAACUUUUAGCAAGCUGAUUUGGAAGCACGAGCAAGGUGUGGCAGCCUGGAAUUACAACUUUUAUUUUGACUUCAUCUCACUGUUAUCUACCGGUGAUAGCUCAGCUGGAAUUUUAAUCCCUGGAAGGUAAGCUGUUAUUGGAGAAUUGCAGUGUCACAUGUUCAUUUUCAAUGAUGCUCAAGAUAUUCAUUCUGUGAAUCAGUCUUUGAGAGUGAUGUCUGUAAAAUUACCACUGAACCAUGUUUUGGGCCAACGCAGGCGACCUGUUUGUUCUUUUC